CGCGGUUUUGUGGAGCGAUGGGUAACGAUGCUUCGUGGGUGACUGGUUCGCGCCCGGCGAGAGGACGGAUUAAAGUUAUUCUGUUACACAAGGCUAUAGAAAAACAAACAAUCAAAUAUAACACAUGCACCAAUAACUGGGAAGAAUGAACAUUUAAUGGAAAAUCGUAAAAAAAAAAACUGAACUCUGCUGCAGCCUGUUAUUUAGGCCAGAGUUCCGCAGACUCAGAUUUAGUCCACUUGAACUGGCAUUAAUUCAGAGAGAUGUUGCGCCAGCGCCAUAAUGGCUCAAAUUGCGCGAUUCGACCUCUAGCAGCAGUGUUUCAAGUAGUAACUAGUUAAUUGUUUACGAUGAACACGAUAUUUACUCCACCAUUGUACAUACAGCGAUACGAAUUUGUCAUCGACUUCGUCAAAAAGAACAAACCCAAAAAGGUGGUAGACUUGGGAUGCAAUGACUGCACUCUCCUUAGGAAGCUGAAGUUUCACAAAGAAAUUGAACUGCUUGCUGGACUGGACAUUGACUGUGCAGUUAUCAGGGCUAAAAUGUAUGAACUGGCACCGAUUCCAACUGACUACCUGCAGCCAGGUGAUCACCCCCUGACCAUUGAGCUGUACCAGGGUUCAGUCACCGAGCGGGAUCCCCGCACCAAAGGAUUUGAUCUGGUGACGAGUAUUGAGCUCAUUGAGCACCUACAGCUUGAGGAUGUGGAUAGGUUCACUGAGGUUGUAUUUGGCUACAUGGCCCCAGUAGCAGCAAUCAUUAGCACUCCAAACGCUGACUUCAACCCCCUGCUCCCCGGGCUGACAGGGUUUAGACACUACGACCACAAAUUUGAAUGGACUAAAGUAGAGUUUCAGACCUGGGCUCUGAAGGUGUGCAGAGAGUUUGGUUAUGUGGUGGCGUUUACAGGUGUAGGACAGAUACCGGCCCAGGAGGAGAGCAUUGGGUUCUGCUCUCAAAUCGGAGUGUUUCAGAUAGACAGGUCAGGAGGUGACGCACCACGUCUGCAAAAUAAUGUCGCAGAGGAGCAUCUUCCUUACAGAGUGUUAUACAACGUGGUGUACCCAAGCCUGUGUGACAGCAAUAUCUUCCAGAGGACUCUGGUGAAUGAGGUCCUGUACUGGGCUGAGACCCUGAAGAGAGAGUGGCUGGAGGAGAUACGUGGAGUGGGGGAUGAAGAAUCAGAACAGAUAGGUGAAGAGGGUUGUUCGAGAGAAGGAAUGGACAGGGAGGAGAGUCAGACAGGUGAAGUGGAGGCGGGUGGUAGAGGGUUUGAGGUAGAGAAUGAGGAGGUGGGGGGAGAGGGUAGAACAGACAUGGGACUCUACAGAGAAGGUCAGUCUGUGUGUGUCCCCUUGGUCAGGUUGUGCUCCUGCCCCAGAGUGCAAGCUCUGAGUGGGACAGUCCAGCAUCUCACAAAGUUCCUACUGGAGAACUCUAGAGUACAGUUAACCAACGAUGGCACUGCCGUGGUGUUGGUGGACAACGAUGAUGAAGAUUUGGAGUGGGAUGAGAACUGUGAUAACACAGGGACAGGUCCUUUCUUGGUCAGUAGCGUGGAGAACGAGGACUGGGAGACCGAGCUUGGUCAGUAGCAUGGAGAACAAGGACUGGGAGACCGAGCUUGGUCAGUAGCAUGGAGAACAAGGACUGGGAGACCGAGCUUGGUCAGUAGCAUGGAGAACGAGGACUGGGAGACCGAGCUUGGUCAGUAGCAUGGAGAACAAGGACUGGGAGACCGAGCUUGGUCAGUAGCAUGGAGAACGAGGACUGGGAGACCGAGCUUGGUCAGUAGCAUGGAGAACGAGGACUGGGAGACCGAGCUUGGUCAGUAGCAUGGAGAACGAGGACUGGGAGACCGAGCUUGGUCAGUAGCAUGGAGAACGAGGACUGGGAGACCGAGCUUGGUCAGUAGCAUGGAGAACGAGGACUGGGAGACCGAGCUUGGUCAGUAGCAUGGAGAACGAGGACUGGGAGACCGAGCUUGGUCAGUAGCAUGGAGAACGAGGACUGGGAGACCGAGCUUGGUCAGUAGCAUGGAGAACGAGGACUGGGAGACCGAGCUUGGUCAGUAGCAUGGAGAACGAGGACUGGGAGACCGAGCUUGGUCAGUAGCAUGGAGAACGAGGACUGGGAGACCGAGCUUGGGUGACCUUUGUCAUAUAAGGAGUGUAUUCUUUAAUGUACUAGUGGUGCGGAUUUUCAUUUUCUUUUACCCUGGCAAUAUACAGUUCUAGAACUAGGGGCCAUCAGAUAAGAUUCAACCAUAUCCUUAAAUGAAGAAGGAACAUGUUCCUAAUAAAAUGUGAUGAAUAUAGUCAUUGCCUGGUUCACACAAUCAACAUUUUGAACCGUUUUAAUCAACAGUGCAUGGUACACAGGAAAAGCAUACAGUACACCUGGUAAGGAAGCAAAUGUUGGUCAAAAAGACAGGAACAUUGGACACUGUCGACACUGACAGAAAAC